AUGACCAACCCCAGUGCCAAGGCGGGCGCUGGUGGCGACGAGAAGGGGGCGAAGGGUCCAGAAUAUAUCGAUCAUCGCCUCGCAGUCUGGGAUGCCGCUGUAGCCUCUCGGAAGGCGUCGGCAAUGAGCAUCGAUACUGCUGAACAGAAACCUAUCAAAAUCACGCUCCCAGACGGCUCCGUCAAGGAUGCCGUCGCUGGCCAGACAUCUCCAAUGGAUGUCGCGAUGUCCAUUAGCGAGACGCUAGGCAGGAAAGCCCUUGUUGCUGUCGUCAACGGCUCCCAGUGGGACAUGACUCGACCUUUUGAAGCGGAUUCUACGUUAAAGAUUUGUGACUUCAACACGGCGGAGGGAAAAUCCGUUCUAUGGCAUUCCACUGCACAUAUGCUCGGUGAAGCCAUGGAGUAUAAGUACAAGGGUGAAUUGUGCAUUGGACCACCGCUCGAGGAUGGUUUCUAUUAUGACAUUCAUCUACCCAAUGAUCAAAAGAUUCACGAGUCGGACUUCGAUGAUUUGAACAAGCGCGUUGACAAGAUUGCGAAACAGAAGCGCACGUUCGAGCGUCUCGAGCUGACCAAAGAGGAAGCCAAAGACAUGUUUUCUUAUAAUCCUUUCAAGCUUGAAAUCAUCUCCGAACUUGCUGAGGACGCAACUAUUACGGCAUACCGCGAUGGCCCUUUCAUAGAUCUUUGUCGUGGUCCUCACGUGCCCCAGAGCUCGCGCUCGAAAGCCAUGAUGUGCAAAGGAACCGGUCAGGCAUACUGGCGUGCCAAAUCCGAGAACCCCUCUUUGCAAAGAGUCUAUGGUAUCUCCUUUCCUGACAAAAAGCAACUGAAGGAGUACAAACACUUAAUAGAGGAAGCUGCGAAACGCGAUCAUCGCCUCCUUGGCGUAAAGCAGGAGCUCAUUAUGUUCAGUCAGCUUUCCCCCGGCUGUCCAUUCUUUCUACCUCACGGCCAGCGCAUCUUCAAUACUCUGCAGGAAUUUAUGAGGCAGCAGUACUGGAUCCACGACUACAUGGAGGUCCAGACACCCAACAUGUUCGACUUCGAUCUGUGGAUUCAAUCAGGGCACGCAGCCAACUACAAAGAUAACAUGUAUUCUCUCGAUGUCGAGGCCCGAGAAUACGGGCUCAAGCCCAUGAAUUGUCCUAGCCAUUGUCACAUUUUCAAAGCACGUGCGAGAUCGUAUCGCGAGCUGCCGUUGCGACUAGCUGAUUUCGGAGUCCUUCAUAGAAAUGAACUUUCCGGGACACUGGGAGGGCUGACGAGAGUGAGACGUUUCCAACAGGAUGACGCUCAUAUUUUCUGCACAGAAGACCAAGUGAAAGAGGAAGUGAGCCGCUAUUUGAUAUUCCUGAAGUCUGUAUACGACAAAUUCGGAUUCGACUACGAGUUACAUCUAUCCACGAGGCCUGAGAAGUAUCUUGGAACGGUAUCUCUCUGGGACAAAGCCGAGAAAAUGUUAACAGACGCUCUUGUGGAAUUCACUGGGAAGGAAUGCGGAGAGAAGGGUGGUUGGGAACUCAAUGCCGGGGACGGUGCUUUUUACGGACCUAAAAUCGACAUUCAGCUAUACGAUGCUCUACGUCGGCGACACCAAUGCGCCACAUUGCAGCUGGAUUUCCAACUUCCGCUUCGCUUCGAUUUGCAGUAUCAAGCCGGAAGUGCGCCAGCAGCUCAUAAGGAAGAAGCAGCAGCUAACCCGAGUAGUAAUGGUGUCGGCGAAGGAGCGGCAAAGGCGUCGGAAUGCACAUCUGACCCAUCUGUACCGGCUUCGAGUGAUUGCUCCCGGCCGGUCAUUCUUCACCGAGCCAUUUUUGGUUCCUUUGAACGCUUCAUAGGAAUUUUGAUCGAGCAUUACGCUGGAUUCUGGCCAUUCUGGCUUUCACCAAGACAAGCGAUUGUCGUCCCAGUUUCUGAGAAGUUCCUGGAUUACGCCAAGAAGGUGCAAAGCGAGUUGAGGCAGGGUAUGUUCCACGUUGAAAUCGACACUAGUGACCGCACUCUCGGCAAGAAACUGGCGGAAGCCAGGAACAGUUACUACAAUACAAUUCUUGUUGUGGGAGAGCAGGAGCUUAAUGACAGCACGGUAAAUUUGCGCACUAGAGGUGUCGACAAAACGGAGGUAUUGUCAGUACCAGCAGUUAGCGAGAAGUUUGAGCAGUGGCGCAAGGACUACCAAUAAACCUAGCCCAGCUUAUUGCGGACUAGAUCCACAUCCAGUGUUGUUCCAUUGUCUCGAUUGCUGUGGAGGUGGGGACAUUGAAACUGCAAAAGCUGAAGCACGGCAGGCACCUCCGGUGAAGGAAGGCUAUGCCCGGCCGGUCAUUCUUCACCGAGCCAUUUUUGGUUCCUUUGAACGCUUCAUAGGAAUUUUGAUCGAGCAUUACGCUGGAUUCUGGCCAUUCUGGCUUUCACCAAGACAAGCGAUUGUCGUCCCAGUUUCUGAGAAGUUCCUGGAUUACGCCAAGAAGGUGCAAAGCGAGUUGAGGCAGGGUAUGUUCCACGUUGAAAUCGACACUAGUGACCGCACUCUCGGCAAGAAACUGGCGGAAGCCAGGAACAGUUACUACAAUACAAUUCUUGUUGUGGGAGAGCAGGAGCUUAAUGACAGCACGGUAAAUUUGCGCACUAGAGGUGUCGACAAAACGGAGGUAUUGUCAGUACCAGCAGUUAGCGAGAAGUUUGAGCAGUGGCGCAAGGACUACCAAUAAACCUAGCCCAGCUUAUUGCGGACUAGAUCCACAUCCA